GUGCUCGCGAGCUCAGCUCUUAACAGAGUUUAAAAGAGCGCGGGCAGCCAUCGUGGGCCUGCAAUUGCAUUGACAGCAAGCAGACAGCAAGCUGACCGGAUUUCAGGCACGUUUCUACGUUCCGUUCCUCCUCGCGAGCAGUUUCCAGCUACGGCCCUCCCGCGAAACCCCGCUGAGCCCUUCAGACGCCACACGAGGCACAUCACACUCGCCCAAACUCUUUGGCAACCCCGCCAAGUCACCCACCUCUAGCCAAGCGGUUUCAAGCAAGCUAUUCGCCGCGUGUUUGCAUAGCUCGGCCUUCUGAUCGAAGCUACAAAUUCGAGCUCUCCUCGCAUUCGAGUACCCGUCAGACUCAACACCAAUACACACAUACACACAACAUGGCAUCCACACCAGUGAACGGCGCCCAAGCGGUUGCUAGCAAGCUGCUGAAUGUGGCCGGAGGGCGACCAAAGUCCACGCAUUUGUCGGUUCCCUCGGGGUCCUCCACCCCCAGCGGCUCUGGCUAUGUCGCCCCCGUAUUCGAGGGGAAAGAGAACCAGAUGGAGGCAGUCAUGGACUCCGUUGAAGAGAAGGGGUUUCUGCCCCCGGAGCUAGUGGAGUCUGAGGUCAAAUGGUUCUACAACGAGCUCGGCAUCGACGACAUGUACUUCAGCACUGAGUCUGUCGAGGCUGUAGUCAACCACAUCCACUCGCUCUACGCUGCCAAGGUGGCCGCGUAUGCCCGCGACGACAAGCGUCUUGAGAUAAGACUCGACAAGGAGGCUGAUGAUCACGCUGUGUACAUUGAUACCAGCAGGCCCGGUGUCUCGGUUUUGGACGGACCGCGAUACGAGCAGCGUAUCGACACGAAGUACCUCAACAACUCGAAGGGCAACGCAGGCUACCGUGUCGAGAGCUUCCGAUCGACAAGCUCGCUUCCUGGCAGUGAUGACCAGCAAUUGCGAUGCUACUUCAUCUACCAGUGCGAGUUCGAGAACCCGUCUCCUAGCGAGACUGAGACCGAUAUCGAGAAGGUCGGAGACAAGCGCUUCUUGCAGAAGGCUACGGCCAACACCAAGGCCAUUUACCAGCAGGCGCUCGAGGUUGCUGUCGAGCGAACUGGACCUGUUAUUGAGUGGUUCGAUAUCGAAGGCACACGAGACAAGCGUCUCGUCAUUGCUUACAAGCAGGGCUCUGCUCUUGGCAUGUUCAGCGCGCUGAGUGAUUUGUACCACUACUACGGUCUGACUACUUCGCGAAAGUAUGUCGAGCAGUUCUCCAACGGCUAUACAGUCAUGUCCUUGUACCUGAACGCUAUUUCUGGAGUUGCUGGUGCCAAGCACCCCCCGAUCGAAGCCUCGAUUCACCAGAUCAUCAAGGAGAUCUCUCUGCUUUACUGCAUUCCCCAGAACAAGUUUCAGACUCUGUUCGCCACAGGCAGGCUCAGUCUUCAAGAGACUAUCUACGCACACUGCGUCUGGGUCUUCAUCACGCACUUCCUCAACCGUCUUGGAAACGAGUACACCGCACUAUCGGCCAUCUUGGACCCCGAGAACAGUGCGCAUGCCGAACUGCUCUCCAAGCUGAAGCGCAGGUUGCGUGCUGAGACAUUCACCGCGGACUACAUCCUCGAGAUCAUCAACUCAUACCCUGAUCUGGUGCACUCUCUGUACCUGUCGUUUGCCAACACCCACUACGUCCAGACACGCGGCCAGGAGGACGACUUCUUGCCGACACUGAGUUAUCUGCGUCUCCAGAUUGACAGGGUGCAGACCAACGAGGAGCUGACCGAUACUAUCAACAAGGCUGUCGUCAAUGACCACCACGAGAUGGUCAUGAACUCGUUCCGCAUCUUCAACAACUCCGUGCUGAAGACCAACUUCUACACCCCAACAAAGGUCGCGGUCAGCUUCCGCUUGAACCCCAGCUUCCUCCCUCCCUCGGAGUACCCUCAGCCUCUGUUCGGCAUGUUCCUUGUCAUUGGAUCUGAGUUCCGUGGUUUCCAUCUCCGUUUCCGUGACAUUGCUCGUGGAGGUAUCCGUAUCGUCAAGUCGAGGAGCCAAGAGGCUUACUCAAUCAACGCACGAUCACUGUUCGAUGAGAACUACAACCUCGCGAACACCCAGCAGCGCAAGAACAAGGAUAUUCCUGAAGGAGGAUCCAAGGGUGUCGUACUGCUCGACUUCAAGCACCAGGACAAGGCUGCCGGCGCGUUCGAGAAGUACAUUGACAGUAUUCUCGAUCUCUUGCUGCCUCCUAGCAGUCCCGGAAUCAAGGACCCCAUUGUCGAUCUGCACGGCAAGGAGGAGAUUCUAUUCAUGGGUCCUGAUGAGAACACUGCCGAUCUUGUCAACUGGGCAACCGAGCACGCCAGGGUUCGUGGUGCGCCAUGGUGGAAGUCAUUCUUCACUGGCAAGAGCCCCAAGCUUGGUGGCAUUCCCCACGACCGCUACGGAAUGACCACACUGUCUGUCCGCGAGUUCGUCCUGGGUGUUUACCGCAAGCUCAACCUCGACCCGAGCAAGGUCCGCAAGCUGCAGACUGGUGGCCCCGACGGCGAUCUCGGUUCCAACGAGAUUCUUCUCUCGAACGAGAAAUAUGUCUCCAUCGUCGACGGCUCGGGUGUGCUUGUUGAUCCCAACGGUCUCGACCAUGCCGAGCUGCUCCGUCUGGCAAAGAACCGCCAGAUGAUCAACAACUUCGACGCAUCCAAGCUAUCCAAGGAGGGUUACCGCGUUCUCGUCGACGACGUAAACGUCCGCCUCCCGUCCGGCGAUCUGGUGUACAACGGCACAACCUUCCGCAACACCUUCCAUCUGCGCACUGACAUCCAGUACGAUACCUUCGUGCCCUGCGGUGGUCGCCCAGAGUCCAUCGACCUGUCGUCGGCCAACAAGCUCAUUGUCGACGGCAAAUGCGUCAUCCCCUACCUUGUCGAAGGUGCCAACCUCUUCAUCACUCAGGACGCCAAGCUGCGCCUCGAGAAAGCAGGCUGCAUCCUGUACAAGGACGCUUCCGCCAACAAGGGCGGUGUAACCUCGUCCUCUCUCGAAGUCCUGGCCUCGCUUUCCUUCGACGACGAGUCCUUCGUGAAGCACAUGUGCGUCGACGCCGCGGGCGUGGCGCCAGACUUCUACAACGCUUACGUCGCGGGCGUGCAGAAAAUCAUCCAGAACAACGCACGCCUUGAGUUCGAGGCCAUCUGGCGCGAGCACCAGGCCACCGGCACCCCGCGCAGCAUCCUGUCCGAUACGCUGUCCAACGCCAUCACCAAGCUCGACGAGGAGCUGCAGAACACGGACCUGUGGCACAACGUCGCGUUCCGCAAGUCUGUGCUGUCCGAGGCCCUGCCGCCGCUGCUGCUGCAGCAGAUCGGACUUGAGAAGAUCAUCGAGCGGGUUCCGGACAACUACCUCCGCGCCAUCUUCGGCUCGUACCUCGCCUCGCGCUUCGUGUACGAGUUCGGCUCCAGCGCCUCGCAGUUUGCCUUCUUCGACUUCAUGAGCAAGCGCGUCGCUAAGGCGAAUGCGCAGACCAACGGCGCUGUCGCGGCGUCCGCGUAGGCGGGCGCUAGUAGUAAUGCUGUCUUGUAGAACGCUGAUAGGGACACACAAAUAGAGAUGGGGGAUAAGAACAUGAAUGAAGAGAGAGUGCGGAAGAAGGGUAGCAUAUAUGGCGUCUCGAGGUGUUUUAAAAGUUGAGGCCGGCGUGCCUGCGAUAGCAUUUCAGUUGUCCUUUGAUGAACGGACAAAAUCAAUGGAAAUUUCACGUUUUAA